UAACUUUUGGUUCUUAAUUACGCAAACACCUAAAAAUGGAAUCUACAGAAAAACGUCGAGUAAAUAAAUUGUUAAGAAAGCCUUCCUCUUCGCUAGGUAAAACAUUGGGUUUAAGACAAAAAUUGUCUCGUAAUGCUCAAAAGCAAGUGAAAUUUCAGCCUGUUGUCACGGAAAAAGUAACUAAACAAGAGAUUAGUGUUGAUGUUGCUACUUUAUGCGCUGACAUGUGCGGUGUUUCAGACUUAUCACAGUCUGCAGCAAAUCUUCUUCAAAAGAAUUUGAAUCACAUCGCUAGACUUUUAGUUCAUCAAAUACUUCGUGUGAUGGAACAAAGUCGUCGUGACUCUCCACAGGCAUCAGAUAUCGAUUUAGCCUCUGUUUUAAUUGGACUUGAAAAUCCUUUUGGAACAAGUACAGCCAAUUUUCUUCCAGUGCGUACAGGUGGUCGUACGGCAAGUUCAGGUCCGGGUGGUAAAGUGUUCUUCAUUCGGCCUGAUAAGGAAAUCGAUGUUAAAGCACUCAUAUUACGUGAACCUGCUGGAGUUGUUUAUGAUGUCAGUUUAGUUGCUCACUGGCUAUCUGUAAACGGUAAACAGCCUACAUCACCACAGAAUCCUCCACCAGAUUUUUUAUCAAGAAUGGCUUUACUGAAUAAUUCGUUUGGAAGUAAUAAACAGAAUGAUAAACGAAUGGGCGUAGAUAGUGAUAAUAAUGAUGGUGAUGCACUAAAUGAAAAGCAGUCAAAGACUAGUUCACAGAAUAAUCGAGAAAAAAUCGAUACGGCCUCAACAUCGCCGUCUCAUCCAAGAAAAGUUUUAGCACUGUCUGUUGAGCGUCGUCCUCAUGAGAUCAGUCAAGAAGUGAUGAUCUAUUUUCGUGAAAUAACAGAAGCUUGUGUUGGCGCCAAUGAAACUCGACGACAUGAAGCUUUGGAAAAUGCAACAUUAGAUCCAGGACUUCAGCCAUUACUACCUCAUCUUAUGACAUUUAUCACUGAGGGUGUAAGAAUCAAUGUCACUAAUCACAAUCUUGCUAUAUUAAUUUAUUUAAUGCGACUAGUUAAAGCGCUUAUUGAUAAUCCACACAUCUCACUGGAACCAUAUUUACAUUUGCUUGUGCCUACAGUAAUCACCUGUGUACUGAAUCGUCAGUUAUGCGCUAAACCGCUUACAGAUAAUCAUUGGGCAUUAAGAGAUUUCGCGGCUAAACAGUUGAUAACAUUAUGUAACAGACACAACACAUCUAGCAAUGAAUUACACAGUCGUGUUACUCGUGAACUUUCACGUGCCUUAUGCAGUUGGAUUGACGGAAAUGCGUCAACAAAUUCAACAGCAGACACUUCUUGUAUGAAAUUGUCAAGUGUCAGUGUAUCUAAUGAAAAAAAUGAGACAGUGAAGAAUUCUGAUGAUGGAAAGUUGAGUGGAAUGAAAUUUUGUAAAUAUGAUGCAGGGGAUCGUUCAAUACAACUAGUCAAUAGCACUGGUACAACUGCCAGUAGUAGUAAUAGCACUGGUGGUGGUGGUAUCGUCGGCAGCGGCAGCAGUAGCAACACUAUCAAUGGGCCUAGUUUAGGCGGUGCUGUACACUCAAUGAAUACAUUGUAUGGCAUUUUAGUUGCAUUGGCUGAAUUCGGUCCCCAGUGUCUACAUGUUAUAGUAUUUCCAUAUUUAAGCUCACUUUGUCAUCGUUUAACUAAGCUAACUGAACCAGAACCAUCAGUGAUGAACACUACGAAUGAGUUGAAUAUGCAUGGAAGUGUUGAUAUGAUAAAAUCUAAGCAACAACAACAACAUCCAGUGCUUUCUUUAAAUUUAGGCUGUAAACUUUCACCAGUUGAUCAAAGAUCAUUUGAUUCCUUGAAAACCUUGAUGACGAAUCGUGUUGCAUCAGUACUCAAUGAUUGGCGUUUACGUCAAGGACUGGGUGUUACACUAGAGGAUUAUCGUUCAGCCUAUGCAUGUUUGGCCGACUGUCUUUUUAUAGCGAAUCAAAAUAAUAGCAGUAAUAGUGUUCACACUUAUAGUACUACUUCUGUCGCUGGUGCUAAUACCAAUACUACGAAUAAUAAUGUCACUACUACACCCGGUUCUACCACUUCCAGUAAACCACCUCAACAGUCGCCUGCAAAUAUAAAUAUUGUUAUCAGUAGUACUAAUAAUAGUAGUAAUAAUAGUACACCUGUGACUUUGAAUACUUCUGUUCCAUAA